CCUGGUACACGCAUGUAACUGUGUAACUGUUUGUGGAACGGACUACAUGUACUUUGAUCUGCGUGCAGUGCUUCGUUGUGCUGAAGUCUUUCCGGAUCUUCACUGCAGUGGCUCGAGUCUCUCGGUUCGUGCGUGUCCGCUUGCCCAAGCAGACCAUACGCCUGCUGGAAAAUCUGAUUAUUAGAUGCUCCCUGUGGCUGCGAUUGCUCGCUGCUUGACCCUCACCCCAACACAUCACGCUUAGUGAAGACUACUCUAAACGUGAUUCAAGAUGCCAUCCGCUUGGGAAAGCAAAGUUUUCAAGGGACUUACCUCCACAAUGAUCAGCACGCUCACAGCGGAUGAUUUACGAAGGGAGUGUGCGUCGCAAAGCCUGAUCACUCAGAGCCAAAAGACGAAGUUCGCAGCUCUCAUGGGUCCGGCUUUGCAAAACGAGGCCCUGUUGGACGCCGUACAAUCGGGAGACGACAGAUCGUUCCAUCUAUUCUUGGAGUGCGUUCGCAAAGUUGGGCCCGAGGCCAACGUAAGAGCGAUCCUGGAGAAACUGGACCAGAUUGACAAGUACCGAACAGCAGCGGCAGCACCCCAGGCCGCUGAGCCAGAUGCAUCUCCGAUCAGUAAGCCCCCAGCAGCUCCGAGGAAGCCGUGUCCUGACCCGUUCGAAUCAGACACGUAUAUUACCACGCUCCAUCCAUGGAUUAAGAAGCUGGACGCAACUGGACUUGCAGGGAAAGUGCAGGGACUGGGAAUGUUGACAGGGGAUCAGGUGACUGAGCUCGACAGGAUCAAGAAGAAUGAUGGAGGACCAGCUCAUAAUGCUAGGUUGCUGGAGAUCAUUCAUGGCGAGGAAAUCCACGGAUUUGUGAAGCUGUACAAAGCAGUCCUGACCGUCACAAAGAACAUUGACAAGCUAGACCAGAUGAAGUCACUCAUUCCCGAUGAAUAUUUGUCUGAGAAAUAGAGGUCAUAAUGUUAUAGUUUUUCACCCAGAAUAUUAAAUUUAAAGACGAGUUAGUCAUAACUCGUAACAUUUUGUCUUUCUUCUUUUCAGAAUAGACACUUAUCAUAUUUUUUAGUACAUUUUUUUAUUACAGUACCGCACCCGUCUUGGUAUUAGACUGUUGACUAGCACAGAAUGUACAAACCCACAGAACAAUCAACGGGGCCCUGAGCAUGACUGGACACUACAGGCUGCUGUACGGCUGACCAGUUGUAAUAUCCUUCUUUGCAUGUGUAUGCGGCUACAGAACCGCGCCGUCGGAAGCAGUU